GUUCCUGUGUGACAGCGUUCCAGCCUUUUUCCCUUCUCUCAGUGUGCCUCGUCCAGCCUGCAGAGAAAGUUGCCCUCCGCUGUGUGAUGUUUAAUAGCAGAGGCGCUGUCUGUCUGAUUGCUUUUCCACUAACCUCAAGUAACCCUGACGCCACAGAGAAAUGGCGCGAACAAGUCGUUUACCUCCCCGAACUGCGAAAGUUUAAGUAUGACUCGUCGUGUUGCUGUGGUUGGAGGAGGUAGUUCGGGUCUGGCCUGUAUCAAGUGCUGCCUGGAUGAGGGGCUGGAGCCUGUCUGCUUCGAAAGCAGCGAUGACAUUGGUGGACUGUGGAGGUUUCGGGAGAAUCCCGAGCCAGACAGGGCCAGCAUCUACCACUCUGUCAUCAUCAACACCUCCAAGGAGACUAUGUGUUUCAGUGAUUUUCCCAUCCCCGCACACUUCCCCAACUUCAUGCACAACUCCCUCAUCAUGGACUACUUUCGGAUGUAUGCUGAUCACUUCCAGCUCACUAAAUACAUACGUUUCAAUACCAAAGUCUUGCAGCUGAAGCAGAGAUCAGAUUUUUCUCGUUCAGGCCAGUGGGAUGUUGAGACAGAGAACAAGGAUGGCAAAAAGGAGAAACAUAUAUUUGAUGCUGUGAUGAUCUGUAUUGGACACCACUGCCACCCCAACAUGCCUCUCCAUGACUUCCCAGGCAUUGACACUUUCAAAGGAAAGUACUUCCACAGUCGAGACUACAAAACUCCUGAAGAGUGGAGGAAUAAAAAAGCUGUAGUGAUUGGAAUAGGAAACUCUGGAGGAGACAUAGCAGUGGAGCUGAGCAGAGUCACCAAGCAGCUUUACCUGAGCACUCGAAGGGGAGCCUGGAUUCUGAACAGAGUUGGGGACAAUGGCUUGCCCAUUGAUUUGUUGUUUAGUCGGGCAAUGACAUUUGUAAAGAAAAUCCUUCCCUUUGGUGUUUUCUGUGAUCUGGGAGAGAAAAGACUCAACCAAAGAUUUGACCAUAGUCUGUACAAUCUAAAGCCAAAGCACAGGUUGUUCAGCCAACAUCCCACAGUGAACGAUGAGCUGCCUAACCGCAUCCUAUCUGGAACAGUUCAGGUGAAACCCAACAUCCGCAGAUUUCAAGGGUCCAGUGUGGAGUUUGACGAUGGAAGUGUAGUGGAAGAUGUUGACCUGGUGGUCUUUGCCACAGGCUACAAGUUUUCCUUUCCAUUCCUGGCCUCACAUGUGGUCUCAGUGUCUGAGAACAAAGCAUCUCUGUACAAGUAUGUGUUUCCUCCUGAGCUAGAUCUCCCCACUCUGGCUAUCAUUGGUCUAGUACAGCCACUGGGAGCCAUCAUGCCCAUCUCUGAGAUGCAGGCCAGAUGGGCCACACGUGUCUUUAAAGGCUGCGUCAAGCUUCCUUCAGUGGCUGCAAUGCUUAAAGAUGUCCAGUGCAAGCAGGAGACCAUGGCUAAAAGGUAUGUCACCAGUCUGAGACACACUAUCCAGGUUGACUAUAUGACCUACAUGGAUGAGAUAGCAGAGCUGGUGGGGGUUCGACCCAGCAUCCCGAGGCUGAUGCUGACUGAUCCCAGGCUGGGACUGAAUGUGAUGUUCGGUCCCGGGUCCCCGUACCAAUAUCGUCUCAGAGGGCCAAAAAAGUGGGCUGGGGCCCGCCAGGCCAUCCUCACUCAGUGGGAGAGAGUGGCUCAACCCAUGCAGACCAGGCCCUGUGAUGAGCCCAAAGCCAAGAGGUCACUGAAGUGGCUUCUGUUUCUGUCAGCUGCUGUUGUGGGUUUGGCUGCAUACAUUAACAGGAACAGCCUUCAAGCUUUCCUACAAGAUCCCACAGCACUGUUGGACAGGAUAAAGGUGUACUGACUGCUCAGUGAUGUGCAAUUAAUACUCAAACCAAUUCAGCUGUGAUCAGUCUUCUAACACAUUUACACACAUGAAUGUAGUUUUAUAUAAUAGCACCCCCUCUCCUGAAAUGGACAAAUACAAGGAGACUGUACAUGAGUCCACGAUGCCACUAUAUGAUGCCUUCAAAGGUCAACUUAAGUUAUACUAUAUUAAAAAAUAUUCAACAUAUUACAUUGUGUGAUUGCUAGGAUCUGGGUCAUCCUUUAAAAUGAUUUAACACUCACCUGUAUGGUGCAGUACUUUGGGCAGAAAUGUGUCUAAUGCUUUUGUGUGGUUUCUGAUUUCAAUCGAACAUAUUAGAAAAUCGAUGUAAACUAACUAACUAAACAGUUUGUCAAAAAUGAAACAUGAGUUAGAUAAUCAAGAAAAAUCUGUGAUUCUUCUAUAUAUUUCAUGGCUGAAACCAAGUAUAGAUCUAUAUGUAUAGAUCACUAUUACAUCCUUUGUCUUUUCACGUGAAUCAUUUUCUUUAAUUUGAAAAAAUAUAUAUAUUUCCUUACAGUAUUUGUUUAUCUAUAACUUGCACUAACCUGACACAUUCUACAAUAGCCAAUGAUAGUAAUAAUAAUGAUAAUGGAAAACCACAUGUAACUCCCUGCAGAGAGUGCAACAACUGAUAACUACAACAAUAAACAGUGAUACAA